AUGAUGAAGGGAAAGUUUGUAAGGGUGUGUGGAAACAAGUGGAGGAAGAUAGGGAGUGGAGGGAGCAUACCUUCUUCCACGUGCUGUGAAAAUUGCUGCCAAUGGCCUCUCUGGCCUUCCAUGCAAGAAGAAAACUCCAUCCCAAAAGAUGUCCCAAAGGGUCACUUAGUAAUCUACGUAGGUGAAAAUCACAAGAGGUUUGUGAUCAAAAUCACCUUGCUUAACCACCCUCUCCUCAAGGCAUUGCUCGAUCAAGCUCAAGAAGAAUACGAUUACAAUGCUGAUUCGAAGCUCUACAUCCCGUGUGAUGAGAGCCUUUUCCUCGACAUUGUUCGCUGCGCUAGCUCGCCUGAUGAUCAUCGAAGGAUUCAUCUGUGUCUCCGAGAAUUCAAUUGAGUGCACUAACAAAGAACACUGAGGUAUUUAGUUGACUCAUGAGGUCUCUGCUCCAAUGAUAAUAAAUCAGGAGAAAUAUAUGGCCUUAUUGUUGUUGUACAAUAUGUAGAGUUGCAAGAGAUUAAUAUUAUUCUAAUUUGUAGGUCACCUAAUUGUGAUUCAAUUCAAAAAUUAGUAAGUUCUGUUCUGCUUCCUCUGCUGUUUAAAUAGGCUUGGAAUUUGUUGUGUAUGAAACAUAACUGGAGUGGUCCAGAUUCCAAACUAUGUACAUCAGCACCAAAAUCUGAAGUACAGUACUUGACCACUGCUCAACUUUUAUGAGCGAAACUCCCACUUCUAUUGGUAUGACAUUGUUACAGGAAAAUCAUUAUCAGCACUCUAAAAUAAUCAUCUCGCAAUCUUUAAUAUUGAAGAAAAGGAAGUCAAGAGCAUUGAAACAGUUGAAAUAGUUGCAAGUAUUCACUGAAAAUAAAAGGAAAAUAAAAUGAUUUUCGCACUUCCAUUUCUCUUUAUGCCCUUCAUUGUUUCACGAGUUAUUCCUCUUAAUUUAAACCACAUGAUUUCUCAUCUCCCACAUUGUAGUUGUGGUCUAAAUAUUUGAGAUUUUUAUUUAAUUUUUUAUGUCUGAAUUUUUUUUUUUUUUUUGGA